AUGAUCCUAACCGGCUUGAAGCUGAGCGGGCUCCUCGUGCUACUCCUGGGCUUCACGCGCCACCGUGUUGACGGAGCGUGCAGUGUGGAGCAUUGCACUGACCGCACAAGAUGUGUCCUGUCCAAAGACCAAAGAGGCUGUAAAUGUGCCACUGGAUAUUAUGGUGACCAGUGUGACAAAGAUGCACACAUCAAAGUUGUGUGCGGCAGAAACUACAUAGCGAUCAGAGUGAUAGAAGAUUUCUUCAAGUAUCACAACGUGCCACUGGAGUCCUUGCACUUGCCCAACAAAUCUUGUCGCGGUCAGAGAGCGGUCGUCGGUGGUGUGUCGUACUACGUGUCCAAGAUAUCCAAAGACAAAUAUCUAACCUGUGGAGGCAAACCGCUGGAGAAAAACUUUACUCACAUCUCAUAUUCCCUGAGUCUGUUGUCAGACCCCCAGGUUACUGGAAACAUCAUCAGAAAUCCCAUCAUUAAGAUGGACUACAGAUGUGUCUAUCCAUACGUCAGGACAGUCAGCCUGCCUUUCCCAGUCAUCCCCUUCUCCAGCGAGACGGUGAUGCGCGUGGAUGAACUCGAUGCCACGAUACAGAUGAUGUUGUACACAGAUCACUCCUACACCGAGGCCUACUCCAGCGCCCCCACCAUUGAACUCCGAGACAAGGUGUAUGUGGAGGUGAAGGUCGUGGAGCCUGCAGAUUUCUUCCUGCUCCGCAUCAACGAGUGUUGGGCCACACAGACUCCCCAGCCGAACACUGCAGAGGGAUCCUUUCACUUUCUGCUUCUGAACGGGUGUGUGAACGACCAAACUGUUUCCUUUCUUAACACGAGCGCGGGACAGUCGGGCCGUAACGGAGAAAGCUCCACCAUUCGCUACAGCUUUGACAUGUUUCGCUUCACGGCCGAGCCUCACGACCUCUAUCUGCACUGCUCCGUGCAGCUGUGUGAGCCAGACGACCACGAGUCCUGCGCGCCUAACUGUAAUUCAAUCAGUAAGAGAGAAGCCGUGAGAGCAGACCCGUCCCAGGGCCUGCUGUCGUAUGGACCCAUCAGGAUAGAAAUGCCAGACAGAGCUCAGUCCAACAUACUGACGAUGGUGGUGCUGCCUGUAGCUGCCGUCUGGACUGUCGGCUUCUUCUUCAUCAUCCUCAUCAUUGUGGCCAAGGCGGGCAGCCGGAGGCUCACACAAAUAGAGGAGCGCUGA